AUGGCAAACAACCAAACGCAAGCGCCCAAGGAUGCUAGUCUCCAGGAAGAGGAGCGCCUCGAGGAUGCGCUUGACUACCUGAACGAGCUGCACCUUCAGCGUCUUCGCUCCGCGAUACCACGCAUGUUCCACCCCAUGUCCGUGAAGCCAUCCUCACCCCAAAACACAUUCGCCGCCUUUUCAAAUGCGGUGCAGGAUACGGGGAAGGAAAUCCACCAGUUUAAGGACACCAUUCGCAGCGCCGAAACCGAAAAGGUCUUCAACAUGGCCAACGAAAGCCGGCGGACAAAUCCUAUGGGCAUCAAACCAUGGAGAGCUAGGGACGAUCCCGAGUGGACGACGAGAAAGAGGAGAAGGCUAAACAACGGGCUCAAGCAGUCUUGA